UGGAUCUGUCCUCGAGUGGUCGCCUUGACUGCGCGCCAAGUGAAGUGACCUUAACGUCUUCUUUUAGACCGCGCGCAACGCCGUCCGCCAUGUUGGACGAGCUAGACAACGUGUUUGAUGACCAUCCGUCCCUGGAUGCGUCGCUAGAAGAUUUCGAGAAUGCCAGCAACUCGCACAGGUCGCCCGUCUUCGGUCUGCCGUCUCAACAUUCCGGCUUUCGCUCCGAGGAUUCCGAGCCCGAGGACGAGGACACGACACCCCAGGCCGAGCGCUGGUCGCCUCCCGGCUUUCGCCGCUAUGAUUACGUCCAGGGCAGCGGGUGGUAUCGCCAUCAGCCCUAUUCGCGCGCCAUCGAUCAUGACCGUCUGGGGUUGAAGCCGACGGUAGGGCUGAGCCCGUCGCAAUCGCGCGAGCCGAGUCCUCAGUAUGAGGAUGCGCUCGAGGGCACGACGGCUGUGCAACGAAGCACGUCGGCAGAUACUGGGGUGGCAACGAUCGCGGCCAAUGUGCCGCUGCCUCGCGACACGGAUUCGCCGGUCAAAGGGCGGUCCCCCAGCCCGGCGGCGCCGACUUCCAGAGCCAGCCCUAACCCGGACGGAUUGGACUUUCAGUCGGAGAAUAACAUAAGCAAUUAUAUCCGCUUUGCCGUGCGCGCUGAAGUCCAGCAACGCGAACCGUUUGUCGCAUUCUAUAAGUAUACUCGAUCGUGGAUCGAGUGGAUGACUAGCUCGAAGUCGAACACCACCAUAUCCUUCAUGGUCGGCGUGUUCUCCAUCAUGUUUUUCCGCGCUCUGUUUCUACCGCAUGAUCCGCAGGCGAUUCCCGACCUCGUGAAGCUGUCCAACUUCGCGCGGUCGUUCGAACCGUUGAUCUAUUAUUCGGAGAACGGGGUUCAGCAGAUUGGUACGCUGCAAGAGACGGGCGUCGCGGUCUGGGACCUGAGCGAAUCUGUGCGCAGUACGAAUAUGACCAGCGCUCCGAUCAUCGUGGACCAGCUGGAUGAACUGUCGGAAUCUUUGAAGGGGCUGUCGAUGGAACUGACGCGCUUCUUUGCCAAUGUGGAUUCUGACGUCGACUCCAUCUUGAUUGUCAUGGACUGGGCCAAGCGAGAAUUAGAAACCAUAUCAUCGCAACCACCGAGUGGAUUGCCGACGAUUGUCUUUGACAACGUGCACGAGUUGCUGUCGCGACUAAGUCCGCUCGAGCGCACUGCUGCACCUAGUGGUGACGGCGGGGGAGAAUUGGCCGCAUCUUCCACUCCCACGACUUUUGGACAUGUAGUAACCGCUCUCUUUGGCCAAACGUCUGGCCAGCGCACGCGCGCCGCCCUCUCGCGCACAUUCACCGAAUUCCUCUCCGUUCUGGAAGAGUCUAUCAACAGCGAACUAACCCACUCAGCAUCCCUCUUUUUGCUCUUCGAGUCCAUCGACCGCCAGUUCCUCAACCUCCAGCGCACGGUGGUGCGUGAGUCGGACGCCCAGGAGCGCGCGGAAGGCGAGAUGCUCAGCUCGCUUUGGACUCGGGUUCUCGGGCCCAAUGCGGCGGUGGUGCGCAAAUACGAAAAGAACAAGCGACUCCUCGCCAGCGUGCGCAGUCGCACAGUCGCCAACAAACACCUGCUCAUGGACCACCGCGGCCGCCUGAUGUCCCUCAAGAUCAACCUCGAGACGCUGCGGCGCAAACUCGUCAGUCCCCUCGUCCGACCGAAUGACUCCUCCAACUUCCUCGGCGCCGGCGACUCGGGCAAUGGCCGAAGUAACGGUCGAAUGCUAGGCCCGGUCGAGGCCGUGAUCGACGGACAAAUCCGUGGACUCGAGGGCAGCUACGACUACCUCCGGUCUGUCCGAGAGAAACAAAAAGCGAAACUCCUCGAGAUGGUCUACGGAUCAGGACGCAGACUACAUAACUCUCUACUAGGAGACAGAACAGACGAUGCAGACACAGACGGAAUCGACGGAGCCUGAUGCGACAACGCAAGGAAUCGCUUUCUUUCCUUUUCCUUUUUUCAACUCCUCUCCUCUUCUCUACUCUGUUCAUAUCCGACCGACUCCGUCAUCCAUACAGCCUUGUCGCAUCUUCCUCGGCGUUGGACUAAAUCCGUCUUUUUGUCUCUCUGUCUGUCUCAUGGGAUCGGAGUUUUUCUUUUCGGCGUACAUCAGAGAAGAUCCGUCGAUCUACUGUUUCCUUCGUGUCGUUUCUG